AUGUACAUCGCUGUGCAGCUGGGGACGGCGCAGGCGUACGCAGCGCUGCCCGCCCAAGAGCUCCACCAAGAACUGCCCCUGCCAUUUGCCCCCGAGCUCCACGGGGAGUCGCCGGAAGUACAGGCCGAGUCGGACGAAGCGGCACCCAAGCUGCCGAGCACAGAGGAUGCGGAGGCUGGAAAGAGCUCUGAGACGAAGCUGGACGAAGUUGUCUUCAAGAUGCCGAGCGAUAAAGUCGUUCUCUUACAGCUGAACGGCAACCACGUGCGGCUACUCGUGGACGGGGACCUACAGCUGGAGCAGGUGAAGCUCUUUGAGAUCGAUGUGGCGCAACGCCGGUACCAGGCCGACUCCUGGCAGGGGAAGUUCCAGGAUGAGGAAGACGUGCCGAAGAUCCAGGAGCAGGCGGAAAGGCUCUUCGACCGAGCUGCCAAAGCAUUGCUCAAGCUGCCGGCAGGGAGCUCGGUACAG